AACUGUUAUAUAGUAGGCAAAAAAGUUAAUUGAUGAGAGUUAUUACAAAAUAAGAAAUAAAGUUUCAAACUUGCUUUGAAUCUCAACGUUAACUACUGAAAGAUGGUUAAAGAAACUGCACACACCCAUUCCCUCUAAGAAGGGGAAGAUUAGAAACAAUUGAUAUAAUUCUUCUUAAAAUACAACUGUACAUUAGUUUAUCAACAGUUCAUAUGUUUGGCGACAACUGAAAUGUUUGAUAUUGGAACGUAGGUUCAGUAGAACCGCACAAAAAAAAACUAAAGUUACAUCAAGUUCCAAUACGAGUAAGGGUCGGUUUCAAAGGAAGGCGCCGCCAUUAUUUCCAGUACAGAAGAACCACUUCCACAGUCUGAUGUGAUGGCCCCGUCUGAAAAAGGAGACCCAAUCGACAGAGUGCAGCUUCAUGUCCUCGAAAUGAAAUAUUUUGCUAAAGAGAUAGCGCCAGAGCGAUUGGCUUUCAAGCAGUCAUAAAUUACAGAGACUGAGAAACCUUCCAAAGAAAUGUGGUUGAAGUACUCAAGUUCGACCCCCAAAGUCUUCCAGAAUAAGGGGCAGUACGGUAAGGAAAUACUAAAUUGCCGAACUCUUUCACCUUUAGUUAUCUUUAAAAAUGUGCCUUAUUCCGUUUGAAGAUCCCAGUCUGCCGAUACAGAGGCGCUGUCGAUGGAGCAUCCUGUUAAUUGUGUGUGGUCCGGGUUUUGGAUUGCGGCUUGGCGCUGGUCUUGCUGAGUUAUAAUAGAUUGUUCGCAAUGCCAAAUUAAAUGGGGGAAUACAUAGUGUAAUAUUGCCUGGUGUUAUCUCUAUCUUCAGCCAGGAUAAGGAUGGGGAUGUGGUGCUUCUGAGCGAUCUUUGAGGUCUGACUGCUAAUUGACUGAAGACUGUGAGUGUGCACCACCAUUGUCUUUCCACCUGUGAAGAUUAACCCUCUCAGGCUGCCUCCCCUGAGAGACUGUGGCCCGGAGCACAAUGUAAGAAAGAGUGGACUCCCAAUGACGUGCAGUCAGUAACCUUGAAGCUUGCAAGGUGUUGGAAGAUGUGUUCCAAUAUGCACAUGUGAUUCUGCAGAGUGACGCUUGUUGGAAGUACACUAGGAGCUGUUGGUUGAUAACAUCUUGAUGACUGACUAAAAAUAAAUAACAAAUUCCCUGAGCAAGUUCCAUUAACUUGAAAUAUUAGAUUUCCAGAUUCAGGGUACAACAGUUCAGUUAUCUCCAAUUUCCCUGUGUAUACGUACUAUGGGUGCUUUAAUACAGUUUACAUUGAGACGUCACAAACCCAAUCUCACUGUGGCUAGGGAUGGAUCCUUAUGUGGAAAUGAAACCUGGCUAUCCACUGUAUUGGAAGAAUGUGUACAGGAUCUCUGGGAAUUCUGGAGUGCCAUUUUAGGACUUUCCUCGAUAUGUUGUUUUCUUUUUGCUUCUCUACCUCAAAUGCACAUGGCUUAUAAGAAUGGCAAGGUUGACCAGGCAUUGUCCAUGUGGUUUCUUCUUUAUUGGAUAUGUGGUGACAUCACCAAUUUUAUUGGUUGCUACUUAUCCAAUCAGCUGAUUAUUCAGACUGUUACAGCUAAUUUUUAUGUAACCCUUGACAGCAUGCUGAUCUUGCAAUUUGUCUAUUAUAAACUGAGGAAUAGGAAAGGCAAAUGUAAGCAGCGUUUCAUCUGGUCAAAUUCACUCUUGAAGUGGCUGUGUGUUACCUGGGUUAUAAUAUGUGUGAUAACAAUGAUGACUACAUUAUGUUUAUUGAAAAUAUCUUACCACAGUAGGAGUCCCCGAAGACAACUGAGUACCUAUGACAAUGUUGAAUUUGUGGGAUAUUUAUGUGGCUAUAUGUCCUGCAUAUUUUAUCUUGGCUCUCGUUUUCCUCAGCUAUAUAAAAAUUUCCAAAGGAAGUCCACAGAAGGUACAUCCUAUUUGCUGUUUGCACUAGCAAUGUUGGGCAAUACUACGUAUGGAAUGAGUGUGGUAGUGAAAGUGCCUGAAAAUAAAGCAUCUGCCAAAAAGUACAUCCUCCAUCAUCUGGCCUGGUUAAUUGGUAGUUUUGGAGUGCUUUUGGUGGAUUUUUUUAUUACUGCACAGUUUAUUAUUUAUCGCAGACCGAGCAAGUUCUCUUCCCGUUCAGUUCCAGAAGUGGCACCUCUUCUUGAUGAUGAAGACCAACUGAACAACAUUAUAAAAUUAGAGCAAUUUAACAAGACAUUUUAAAAGUUUUUAAUUAAGUAUAAAAUUGCUCUGAAAGUUCUUCUUGGACGAUUCUUCUUGGACAAUUCAAUAUAGUUAUUUUGAUGUUUACUGUUCUCUUGAAACUGUUGUCUUUAUAAGGUUCAUAUGGUUUCAUAUUUAUUUAAAAAUGUGAAAUUCUCGAAAUUGUCUCUUACUCCAACAAUCUGCUUGGUAUUGUCUCAUUCUUAUGCUCUAUUGAUCAAGCAUAAAUUACUUGUAAGACAAGGUCCUGAAAAUGACUUACUAGCUCUAGGCCAUACUGUUUGGUUUCUUUUGAUGACCAUUCUGUCCCCUAUCAAAAGAACAACAUUCUUGGCACUAAAACUAGAUCCUGACUUGAGACCAGGCCCUGUUCCCAGCUGCCACCUGAACUUGGGUAAAGACUCCUUUCAGCUAUCCUUCAUGUGACUUUUCAGGCAUGUCGUACUUACAAUGACCUAUGUCAGUCCAAUGGAUGCCUCACUUUAUAAUGUUUUUUCUACCUGUACAAAUAAUCACUAAAUCCCUUCUUUUCUAAAAAAAAAGCACAUAAUCCACGAAAGCACUUGGUAUUCGGGAACAAAGUGUAAGGUUAAAGCAUCCAUCAGUUUUACACUUGAAGCAUAUCACACUUAGUUUGAUAACUAGUCAUUAUUUCUUAAAAUAUGGCUAGUUCAGUGAGGAAUGAAAAACAAGAAACUGCAGAUGCUGGGACUUUGAAAUAAAACCUGAAAUUUCUGGAACUAUUCAGCAGAUCAGAUAGCAUCUGUGGAGACUGGAAAAAAAAACAGGGCCUAACAUCUCAGAUUUAUGACCUUUUGUAACAACCAAGAAAGUUUUAAGUUUCAGUGAAGUGGGAGGCUCAAAAGUGGUGGUGCCAGCUGAGAGAUCUUGCUGAAGAUUCGUUAGUUGCAGAUUAUCUGUCUGGAGGAGAUGCAAAUAGAAGAUCUGUGGGAACAGAAGAGAUGGGUGAAAAAAACAAUGCUGGAACUAUGAGAUACAAAACACUGCCAUUGCUGGGAAUACUCAGCAGGUCAGGCAACAUCUGUGGAGAAUGAAAAGGGGAAUUAAUAAUGAAGUUGAUGAACUUACAUCAGAACAAGCCAGAUCUGAUACAAACUUGGACUGUUGAUUAUCUGAAAUUGUUGAGUUUAUUGUUGAGUCCUGAGGUUUGUUUUGUGAAAUGCAGAACCUUGAGCUUACAUUGGGCUUUGUUGUUGGGACAGUUUAAGAGGGCAACAACAGAAGUUGGAGCGGAACUAGGAUAAAAACUUAGUGUGAGGCAAAUGGAAACUUAGGGUCGACCUUGUAAAUGUGUUCUGCAAAGCGACCGUCUAAUCUAUGUUUGGCUUCUCCAACAUAAUGAAUACCAUAACAUGAGCAAAGAAUACACUUCACUAAAUCCAGGGACCCAAACACUCCUUCCAGGUGAAGCAGCAAUUCACUUUUUUCUAAUUCUGAAAUUUGUUCAAUUCAGUCCAGCGUGCUUUUUCUAAAAACAGAACAGGGAAAGACUAUUGUAUAUUUACCAUUGAACAAAUGGAAAUCAAAAAUGCCGGUACUUUGUAUCAUGAUAGUUAAACUAAAAUCUGAUUUGCAAAACUAAUAUAAUGUUAUAUUGAGAUGCUUGCCUUCAUGUUGACAUUCCUGCUAUACUGGGAUAUAUGAAAACCACUCAGAAUACUGAUAACUAGAAGUCUCACUUUUUAUUGCGCCUGCUAUCUGCAUAAAUGAUCACUAUAAAACAUGAAGUAUUUGUGGUUGAGGGAAUGUAUUUGCUGUGUUUACCUUGUCUGUGCACUGUAUAUUUACACGUUCAUGAUUAAUUUACAAAAUUGUUUACCUUAAUGAAAUUGAGCCGUAUGAAUUUAUAGCCAGCAUUUUUGUCAUUCACCCCAUAUGGUGUACACCAGCUCUUUUCCUGGAGUAGUCCAGAGUCACUCCACUGAUCACUGAUAUUCUUCCUCUCUCAGCCCUGAUUCCUCCCCUUAUUUAAAUACUUGUUGCUUCUCUAAAAUAAGUUUAACAAGCCUUCACUUCUACAUGUCCUCAUGCAAAGCAUUCUAUGUUCUCGCAUUUUGUGGCGUAAAGAUAUUUCUCUUAUGCCAUCUCAAUGAUGAUGGCUUUGAAUUUGUAGUUUCUUGUCACUGAUUUCUCAAUCCUCCUGCCUUAUUCAGCCUAUCAAGCACUUAACCGUUUUGUUGAAAAUAGCCCCAAUAUUUCAUAUAGUUUGUUUCCAAUAUCUCCUUUGGAUGGACAAUAUUCAAUCCUUGGGUUUUCUGCUAAGACUGUAUGUUGAUAUAUAAUGUGGAAAUUGUAAGAGUGCAGCAAAACUGAGAAGUCAAAACAUCCUCCUUUUUAACAUUAAAGGACAACUUAGAUAUUGUAGAAGUGCCUAUGAUAAUUAACAUUUUAUUUUUGGUUCUCAAUAAACGGAUGUUGCUGGAAAAUAGAAAUUAAAAAAAUAAAGUGUUUUGUAAAGCAUUAAACUUUCCUUUACUCUUUCGCCUUCCCAGGCUUAAACUAGUUUAUGGUCAACAAUAAUGAUGAACUUGCCUGUAUAACUUUCAGCAGGUAAUUGUUAUGCCCCUCAUUGACCAAUCCCAAGAAAAAAAAUUCCUUAGACUUCUGUAGCUAAGGUUAUCAAAGUUGCCAUUUUCACGCUAUGUGGAUAUUUCCCUGACCAUUAUUUAGUUCUCUUGUGAUCACCUCUUUGGGAGUUUUUGCAGUUUGCUAUAAAUUAAGGCUAGUAGUAUCAGCAAUGGGAACAAAAUAAACCUGCAUUUUUGAACUACUGCAUAAAUCUAGAAAAUACUGGAAAUGCAGAACUGGUUCAUUAGCAAAUGUGUUAAAAUGGGUAGAGGGAAGUAGGGAAUGGGGGAAGAGAAAGGUAUAGCAGAUAGGUCUUUGUUCCAUUUCAUCCUGCAUGUCAUACAUCAAUCUAAUGGAUAACUCAUGGUACUCAGGAGCUGGAAGCAUAAGCAAUUUAAAGACCUUUUUGCCUCACUUGUCUACUUCUUGCUUUUGAGUGAUACUCAUCGCUUUCAAGCUUACACUGAAACAACCAUCUUUAACACUGUCUCAUCUUCAACUUUUCCUCCCCUGAAAGCUCUCACCAAUUUUUUCACCCUCAUUAUUCAAAUCCCUUUUCCUGUCCCCCAUUAUUCAGAUUCUUUGAGUGUCUAUCUGUAGCCUCUUGCCUUAGAUCAAAGUGUAUUUUUUUGGGACUCCAUCCAUGGCAUUAAUUGGCCACAUUCCUCUGUUGCCCUUAGUCUUUCUUUGAACUCCUGUUCUUAACUUGAACCUUCCAUUCUGUUAAAACUAAUGCUGCUUUUAUGUGACAUAAAUAUUUAUAUCUGAAUGAGUCCAAAUAGCAAAUUUAUGACUUUGCUUCCUAACUUGCAUGUUUUUUUUUAAGUUCUCAAACUUAAAUCCAAAAGUAUUGGGUUAAGAUAGGAGAUAACUGUCUCCGCCUCCCACUUUGGCUCUCUGGCCCAUAAUGUCCAAUUCUGCAUAGCCUUGAAGCUGCUUAAGUAGAAUUGAAAUGGCAUACUCAGUGUUUAGCUCCAGCCUGCUCAGCUAAGCUACUCACAGCAAAACAUUGACUUUUUUUCAAGCUUUCAGAUACUGAUUGAUCUGCUGCAUAUUUGCUGAACCAUUUUUAUUGUAUAUGUAUCUGAAUAGUUUAUAAACUUUAUUUGAAUGUACACUGUGAGGUACAAUUGUUUAGAAUGUAGUCAAGGUUAAUAUUUUUGCCAUUAGCACCAAUGCUUGCAGAAAUUAAGCAGGUAGAAUUAAUAAUAUGGCAACUUAAGGUUGCAAUGUUUCUUCUGUUGUAUA